GUUUUUCUAGCCAUUUCGACGAAUGUUUAUGUAAAGAAUAAUAAUACCUGCGACACAUAAUGCCUUCUUAAAAGGUAUUCCGAUUGGCAGAGACAGGAAUUUCCAAUUUUUUUGAUUGGAUAAAACUACGAUUAAAUUUUUAAUGUUCUUUUUGACACAAACCUUAAAGUUGGGAAUCUACUGUGUUGUAGUUCACAAUCAAUAAGAGCAUAAGAUUAAUGGGUAAAUAAUCCCGUUUUCCCUUCGUUUGUAGACUUUCUAAAGUGGCGUAACUAAGAAUCCUGCGGCUUAUUAAACUCCGCUGAAUUAUGAAGAUUUCUGACUAUUUCAUUGCCGUCAUUUACUUCAUUGGAAGGGUUUCAAAAGUACAAUCAUCAGUUCCUCCAUGCCGAAUGCUGCGCAGAAAUGAUUGCAUCCCAAACAUGUCGCUGAACACCAGCGAAAGAAUCUUUUCAAAAGAAGUCCCCACUCAAAGGGAAGACCUCUGCAUGACGGAAUGUUAUCACGAGGCGCUUUGCAUGUCGUACAAUGAAGGCCCGGUAUCAGAUGAUGGACUGACAUUACCAUGCGAACUGAACGCUGUUGAUCAUGUCGUUGAAGACAAGUUGGUUCCCAGAGCUGGGUACAGAUACUGCAGCUUUAUGAACCCGUGUGUGUCCAGCCCAUGUUCUGAAGGCUACAGCUGUCGCCCAGAUUUGAACAAAGACGACACAUACUCCUGUACCCAUGUUGAUGAAUGCGCAAGCAAUCCCUGUCAGAACGGAGCUACGUGCAAUGACGGCGUUAACAAUUACACGUGCGUGUGCCUUUCUAAAUUCAUCGGCGCAAACUGCGAGACGAGUUGUGAUCUUGCAGUUGGGGUUCAGGACAGAAAUAUCAUCCCUGAUAACAGCUUUUCCGCAUCGUCGUACAGAAUAUCAUCAGGUUACGCCUCAGAUUUAUUUGCACCAAUGAGUGCCCGACUAAACGGGGGUGGAUAUUGGAUUCCUUCGGGAAUCCAAAGCUUGCAGUACCUCCAGGUUGAUUUGCUGUCUUUGUACAUGAUUUGCGCCGUGGCAACACAAGGAGGAACCCUCUCGGAGCAUGAUACAAGAACCACAAGGUACAAGCUUUCGCUCUCAACAACGGGGUCUUCCUGGGAAAUCUACCAAGAAAGUGGCGCAGAGAAGGAGUUUCAUGGAAACUACGACAAGCCAACAGUUGUGAAGAAUCCUUUGGCAAAAAAGCCGACUGCAAGAUAUAUCAGAUUCAUACCAACACAAUGGCCCUACUAUCCUGGUUUUCGCGUUGAAGUCUUUGGGAUUCGUCAGUAAAACUUGUAGAAUGUUCUACCAAAUUUGAUUAUAAUCACUAGGAUCGUCAUUGGUGCGGGUCUUUGGGAAUUUUGCUUUCCUAACAUCAUAAAAUGCUGAAUUAAACUUCACUAUCAUACUUGCUAAACCCUACUUCAACUACUUUUGGGAGCCGACUGCAAGAUAUAUCAGAUUUAUACCAACACAGUGGCCCUCCUAUCCUGGUUUUCGCGUUGAAGUCUAUGGGAUUCGUCAGUAAAACUUGUAGAUAUGUUCCACCAAAUUUGAUUAUAAUCACUAGGGUCAUCAUUGGUGCGGGUCUUUGGGAUCUUCGCAUUCCUAACACAAACCAAUCCAGACACUUGCUGCCUUGCAGGAUAAUGCCUUUUUAGGCAAAGGCUAGGAGAAGGAAACCUCCGACUACAAACCGCCACUGCCUUGUGGCUAUACCUUAUAGGAAAGGCUAAGGGAGUAAACCCCGACAGAAAAUCAGGAGUCAGAGCGCCUAAAGUGGACGACGACGCAUUGUCUUACUUGCAACUCCUGCGGGGUAUCUGGAGUCAAGCUAUCGUGACCAUGAUACGCCCUUAGGCCCAUCAGCCUGCGCGUAGAGGGGACGUUCGUCACAAGAUGUAGAAAAAUAAAACAAAGGAACGGCAGUCACCGUCUUUACGCUUAUAUAUCCGGUCACCGCCGAAGGAGGGAUAAGACAUCGCGUCUCACUGGAAAGCCAUAGCUGGAAGCAAACUCGGCAGACCCCAGUGUCCCAAGAAGACGAUGUUCCACCAUGGCUGAUAUCAGCUCGAUGGGGAAAUCUCGACCACCAAAACCUGCAUCAGGCUCGUCAGAUAUCAAUAAAGGGAAACGCAUCCAGUGCUUCGUUUCUUCGCUUUUAUUCUACGAUAAAUCUCCGAUAAUUCUGUUAUAUAUAUAUGGACCUCGAUGGCUUGAACGUUGACACUGCCUGCCUACAAGAAACACGACUGGUUCGAAAUGGCCCGAUCAGAAAAUAAAAUAACAACCUCUACUGGAGAGGAAAGCCCUCAGAGCCAUCAAGGCAGAACGGAGUCGGUUCUUCCGUUCACUGUGGAACACACUGAUCUCUUCCAUUUUUCCUCCAACAAAUUUAAAUUGCUAAACACAAUCUCAGCCCCCAUCAGCAUAGUCAGCUACUAUGCUGCAACAUUUUGCUCUACAUCAGAGAAGAAGGAUAAAGACUUAACAAGUUCUGGACGAAAUUAUCUUGUUCGAUGCCAUGUGCUGACCACGAACAAGGGCCAUCUUUUAUUAAAAGAGACAAAAUAAAAACUAAUGGUCAUGCUAUUGGCGAUCUACUGUUUCCUUGGCCUCUGCAUAGCGACACGUUCUUCUAUGCUAGGAAACACACCAAAGUCCAUGGCGUAAUUCACGUUCAGGCCAGACUUAACCUUGUCAUCAUAGGACAUUCAAAAAGGGCCGUGCUUGAAUAGAUUGGCCCUCUUUUGGACCCUGUUUAACUUCGCGUUCGUUUGGACUUAGGAGUCGUUGGAGGCGUUUGAAGAAUUUCUGGUGUUAUCGCCCGAUUUAUUGUAAAAAAAAAAACUACUACGUAGGAUUGUUGUUUACAGCCAAAUUCGUUGUUGCGCGACUACGGCGAAUCCAAAAUCCUUGUCUUGUUUGGGAAUAGCGCGAAGUCAGACAAAAGCUUUUGGGGCGGUUUGUCUGGUUUUGAUUGUCUGGUUUGAUUGACUACGCGCUAUUCCCAAACGAAGAAAGGAAUUUGGGUUUCUGGGAGCUCGCGCAACAACGAAAUUGGCAAUAAAGCUUCUAGAUAGAAAAGGGGAAUUGCGCUAAGUGACCUUUCUGGUUGGCAAAUUAUAAACAAAAUAGACAAAAAAUCAGAAAUGACUGCGCCCGUCACGCCAGCGAACAAUGAAAAACUGAAAGAUUUUAAUGAAACUAAGCCCUUUCUAAUAAUAAAAGAAUUCUUUUUUUUUGUUAGCGCUGAAUAAGUUUCUUUUUGUUGCUGUGAUUUUGCCGCUUAAUGCCUGAGGCGUGCGCUUAAGUUUGCCACCCAAACAGUCACGUGAUCUCUUAGCGCAAGCCUCUUAUUGCAUUGGAGAAGCUUCAAUAUGCGAACAACUAGGCUUUGCAAAGAGAACAUGCACAUUUUUAUCAGUACGUUUUUCACAGUUACGUAUUGCCUCGUACCCAGGCGUCUCUAAGCUGUGGCCAUCUUUUUAUGACAUAUCCUUCAGAUUUCCCGCUUGCUUCAUUGGUCAGUUCCAAAAGCGUCUGCCAUUUCCGACCGAGUAGAACUGAUCAAGAGUAGCUAGGGGACGAGGCAAGUGUUAUGCAGUAGGUAAACAAGUGUAUUGCAUUUUCUAGAUGUACUAUAACAGAGGCAAACAUCCAUAUCGAGUACAACUAUAUAUAUUCUUAGAGUUCGCCAUUUAGAGUUCUAUCAGAAAUCCUGCAUUCUGAUUGGUUGAGCCAAUAAUGGUCUUUUACACCUUUCGCUGUUCAUUAACGGGAAAGGGACAUUCAUUUGUGCUAAAAGUUACAUCGAUAGCGUGUAUUGUACGUUCAUCAACAUCGCACGAAACAUCAUUUAGCUUGACUCGACUUUCAAUAACAAUUGAAUAUUCGUGAACAUUCAUUAGCAUCAACGGAGAAACAAUAACGCACUUGGACAUUUAAUUCGAUUGGAGCGAACAUUCUUUUGCGCGCAAUAAAAAUUCUGUUGCACGUUUGGACAAUCAGUUAUAAUGACAGUUAUACGAAAUAGAAUUUCAUUAGUGCUAUUAACAUAAACAACGACAAUCAACAACAGACAAUCAUAUAUUCAAUCAUUGUUAUUGAAAGUCGAGUCAUCGCUAAGGAUGUUUCGUGCGAUGUUGAUGAACGUACAAUGAACGUUAACGUUACAACGUUUGGCACAAAUGAAUGUCCCUUCCCUGUUAUUGAACAGCAAAAGGUGUAGUGAUAGACGGUGAGUAGCGAAAUGCUCGGGAAAAUGGCGGAUGAAUCGCAUUUGCCAAUGUUAGUGACGACUUUUUAAUUGAUAAUGCUAGAAAAAAAAAUUAACCAGAUAUGAAAUGAUGAAGAUUUUCAACGGUAAGAAAACAACUGAACACGCCUAUAAAUUCAUGUAAUAUUUUCAAUUUUUUCAACUUUCACAGGGAAAUCCCCGAGAGAUGUAACAUUUUUCUUGUGUUUGUUUACAACCAGUUUAUUUUACAGAAUGGAAGUCAAACAGAUUACAGUUAUCGAAUAAAAGAAAUCACUAAA